AUGAACGCGGAGAAGAGACGGGAGCAGAGAUCCACCGAGCCCAUCGCCCCAUUCGAUCUGUCUCGGCUCGGGAACGAAGGUGGGAACGAAGGUUGGUUCGAUGAUCGCGAAGACGGAGGAGGUACGAGGAGGGUGAUCGUGUGCCCCUCCCUGUAUGCCAACAAGGUGAUAGGAAGUGGAAAAAUCAGAGCUCAAAGUGACAAAUCAAUGAAGUUCAAGGAUGGUUACAUGAUUUCUUUUGGUCAGCCUGUCCACGAAUACAGAGGUUCUACUGUGAGGCAUCUUCUCCUCAGACAGGAAGAUACUACUAACGAGAGCAAAUUGAUCCUGUAUGGGCUUUACUAGCAAGCAAUUGUUGGAUCAGUGAAUACUUGCUGACCUGGUAUAUUCAAUAUGAGGGACUGAGCCAACUGGGAUGCUUGGAAGGCUGUUGAAGGGAAGGAAGUCAAAGGAGGAGGCUAUGAGUGACUACAUCACCAAGGUAGAUUUUGAAGAAUAUGUUGCAAAAGCUAAAACUUUACCUGAAAAUACUACUAAAGAGAACAAAUUGAUCCUGUAUGGGCUUUACUAGCAAGCAACUGUUAGACCGGUGAAUACUUGCUGACCUGGUAUAUUCAAUAUGAGGGAGUGAGCCAACUGGGAUGCUUGGAAGGCUAUUGAAGGGAAGGAAGUCAAAGUAGGAGGCUAUGAGUGACUACAUCACCAAGGUUAAACAGCUACUCGAGGCAGCUGUUGCUGCUGCUUAUGCUACUUUGUCACAUCUUGCUCCAUGUAGUACCAUGUAAGCUGUUAGCUUCUUUCUUGAACUUGAAUCAUCCAUUAGAUGUGUUAGUUAUGGAUUUCAUCUCCUUUGUGUCUUAACAAUUGACACUAUCUGAAAUCUAAUGCAGUAUCAUAUCAUUUCAUUAGUGUUUCAUUCGAGUUAAGAUGUAUGCGGAUGUCAAGUUUUUUUGUCAGGAAAGGAGUGCGGGCAUGUUCAAUGAGCAUUACCUGCAGCCCAUAUAUUUAGUGAAGCUUCAUUGAUUCCCAGUACUCCGGUGUUGAGGUCAGCAUCGGUGAUCAUUAUUAGAGCCACCAGGAUCUUGAACAUACUUGGUAUCGAUCUCCAAUCUAUGUUAAGCCUCGGUGGUACAUCCGAUUUGGAAUUCGUAUCAUAAUUAUGUAAGUUGAGAAGGUGAGAAAGAUACUAGAGCUGACUUCUGCGGUCCAGGAAAGAUUCAACUUUCUGAAAAAUGGUGUGGAACUCUACGUCGAGAAGGUCAACAACAGAGAGCUUUGUGUGAUUGUUCAGAUUUUCACUAGAAUCAGUUUGACAACUACAAGGGCAUUCUGGUUCUUCCUUGCAUGGCCAUGGUUUAAAUAUGGGUUUCUGAGACUAGAUGAUCUCAUUCUACAUUAAGGCUUGUCAUGGUAUCCUAUGCUUUGUCAUGGAAAGUGAUGCUAAAGGUUGUGAGGGUGUCCUCAAUAUCAAAGUAAAGAUCAUGUUGGAUUGGGAUCCUAAAGGAAAGCAAGGCCUCAUGACUCCUUUGCCAGAUCAGUUUUGUCUCUAGAGAUUUAAAUCGUAGAGUGACUAGAAGAAUUUGAAUGCUACAACCUUUGUAAAAGGAAUUAGGAUUAUAUUUCUUCUUGAUAAGCUUGCGGCAGAUAACAAGCCAAAGUUCUUUUGAUUUAUGUGCUUGUACUAGUCCAAGAUUAACACGAAGGAAGAUUGGGAGUCUUUAGGCUCAUAUCUUAAUUUUUUCCAAUCUUCUCAGAAGCAUUAUUUGUUCUUAUCAUUUGUUUUGAUACCCGACAUUGUUACUCUCUAUUUUGAUAAUUUUUACUGUUUAGGACAACAAUCUAGUGAGAGGAUAAAGUAGCACAAAACAAUAGCAAGUGAUCUCCAUUUCACAAAUGAAAUAAAUGUAGCUGAUUCAUUUUGUGAUCUCAUCUUUUUUCAUGCGGAUCUAUUGAUUAAUCUUAUCUUCUUUAAAUUUAAUUUGCCUUGUUUAAGA